UGUGUGUGUGUCAGAGAGAGAGAGAGAGAAAAAGAGAGAGAGAGAGAGAAAAAGAAAAGAGGGGGGCAUAAGGAGGGAGGCAGGCAGGCAGGCGAGCGAGCGAGAAAGCCUACAGCGAACUCACAAUGAAGGUCUCCAAGGAAUAAAAUAUUGGAACAAAGCAAUGAUUAUAGAAAUGUUACUAUAUUUAUUCUAGUUUGGCAAUGGAACAAGGUGAGGGUGGGACGUGAGCCGGUUAUCCAAAGUCGCAAUAAAUUGUUCUGGGUCGCGUAACAGCAUUGCGGGUCAGCCUUGUGGUGAAUGAUCCUUAGUCAUCCUAGUUAAAGCAUUUAAUAGUCAUAACUAGAACAGCCGUUAUUCACAAGACAAGAAGAAGCUCGAGUUUUCGGCGGCAGGGAGUAUUUUCAUCCCAAUAGCUCAUCUGUCCAAGAAAAUCACAAGUUAUCGGUCAUAACUUGGAUCUCCAACUAUUACUUUUUGAAAAACUUAUUUGAAUAGUCCUGGGCAUUUUUAAAAAUCACAAAGGGGUCUCCCACCAAUGGGAACAGUUUCUGGACUUAUUCCUUUUUGUGGACUAGUUUGCUUAUUCACCAGUUGGGUCACAAAGUUUUGAAAUCUGAUCUAGUACAAAUAUUUUGUCUCAUUCCUCUUAGGGAACUAAUUUUAGCAAGCUUUAAUCAUUCAUUGGCAUUUUAAAAAUACACCUGCUUUUUAAAACAUACAGAAUUGUAAAGAAAUAAAGAUAGUUACUUAGUAUUUUUAAAUCGUGUCAGUCAGUCAAUUGUAGGUUUUACAUUUGAUAAUUAAAAACAUGUUUCCUAAGAUCUUGUAGUUAUUUCAUAACAAACUUGCUUUUAGUAAAUCAAUUUUUGUAAACCCAUCAAAAAUAUCUUAAGCGCAAAGUUAAUAAUAAUGUUGACUAAUUGUUUGUAGUUUAUAAAAAUAAUAACUACAUCAUUUCAAUAUACAUAACAGUACAAUAAGAUGAUUGUUAAGACUUGGUCAUAUUUAACUAUACUUUGACACCAGUGGCCUUUUGUAAAACUGGCUGAAUAGAUAGUUGCAUUGCGAGUAGUUAUUGUAACCAGACAAAUGAGAAAUCCAGAGCUGAUACCUCAUGUGAAAAUGUCUGGCUCAGAGGCUAUUCUUCAUGGGGAGUUUGGUGGGAUCCAUUCAAGUAACACCAGCCAAAACUUAAGUAGUGGAACCUCUGGGCCCCGCUAUGCUCUUACUCUGACUCCCAAGGAGCUGCACAUACAGAGGUUGGUGCCAAGGCCCCAGGAUGAUCGUCGAACUGUUGUGAAUACUACGGAUGUUGUUGGCUGCCAUGUGAUGCGCCCAAAAUCAACAAAAACCAGUGGGGCAAGCGAGACACAGAUUCCUGCUGUUUUUUCUAUUUAUUCAUAUCCACUUAAAAAGAAGCGGAUGGGAGCUGGAAGAGUGAGAACAAGAGUAGUACGAACAUUCAAGGUGGAUGUUUCUGACACUACUUCAGAGAAUCGUGCUGUGGCUGAAAAAUGGUCGAUUGCAAUCAAGUGCCUACUGCGAGGUGUAUCGCUAAGUGGCCUUACAGAGAUCACUUCCAGUCUUUUGCCCCGUCCUCAACGACUUCUGCUGUUAGUAAACCCUUUCAGUGGAAGAGGUCAAGCAAUGCAACUAUGCCACACACACAUCUUGCCUAUGAUUCGAGAAGCCAAUAUUCACUACAACCUUAUUCAGACAGAACGGCAGAAUCAUGCUCGAGAUUUGAUGAGGGAGAUAACAGUACAUGAGUGGGAUGGCAUUGUCAUUGUUUCUGGUGAUGGUCUGCUGCAUGAGGUGAUUAAUGGACUAAUGCAGCGACCAGAUUGGCAGGAGGCAAUCCGAAUACCAUUGGGAGUACUGCCCUGUGGGUCUGGCAAUGCACUUGCUGGUGCAUUAAAUCAUCAUGCAGGAUUUGAAAUGUGUUUACGUGAGGCUCUCCUAAUGAACUGCUGCUUUUUGCUGUGCCGUGGGUCUCCAAGCCCUAUGGACAUUGUAUCUGUGACCAUGACAUCUCCAGAGGCAGAGCAGCUAAAAACAAAGAAUCAUCAAGAGAAGAGGUCGAAGCCUGCUGCAGGGAGUCAGCAAAGGCUUUUUUCUUUCUUGUCAGUUGCUUGGGGAUUUGUGUCUGAUGUAGAUAUUGAGAGUGAAAGAUACAGGGGUCUUGGUUCUGCUCGUUUUACCCUUGGAACUCUGGUGAGGCUGGCCUCCCUAAGAUCUUAUAAAGGUCGUUUAUCUUAUUUGCCCCAGGCUGUAGCCUCCCUCUCAAUAACUCGACCUUUACAGCCACAGCUGCCUCCUCGUCGACCUCUUUCCCGCAGCAUUACUGAGGGCUUAGGUGGAUUUAGUCGGACACUGCUACACCGCACAGUGUCUGAUAUGGGCCUAAGUGAGGAACGCAGUCUAAUGAAGAGGAACACUCUUUCUAUCCUUCCAGUCACACCUGAUGACACAGAGGGGGUUGCACCAGAGACAGGUGUGGGAGUUUUUCAGAAGACACCAUCAACUUUGAAAUCUGUUAUGUCUCAAGAAACUAUAGAAACGGCAUCAUCUGCACACAGAAUCAGUGAAAAGGGGGAAUCCAGCACUUUACCGAAGAGUAUAUCAAAUCAUUCCGAAAAGCUUUUGAACUUGGAUGGAGGCCCAAAGCUAAAUGCUCCAGAUUCAAUGGACAGCCUCAUCAGUACUCCUGGACUAUCUUCCCCUUCUCAAGAUUCUGGUUGUUGUACUCCAAACCUCCUUUCUCCAUCCUGUUCCACAGCUCCACCUGUUCCAGGUCCAUCGCCAUCUUCUUCCAAGAAUCAUCUAAGCACAGCAUUCACUUUUGACCUUUCUGGGUCAAGAGGCUUUGAGCCUUUGGAGAACAUAAAUGGUGCAGAAAACAUGGAAAGCAUCCAAAAGCAAUGUAGGGAGAACCAGACUUGUACAAACAAUUUUACAAUUUUUGGACCUUCAGAUUACCUACUGCCUCCACUUGACCAGCCACUACCCAAAAACUGGGUAACACAUGAAGGUGAAUUUGUACUAGUCCUGGCAAUGUAUCAGUCUCAUCUUGGUGCUGACCUGUUUGCUGCUCCACAAGCCCAUUUUAAUGAUGGCACUAUUCACCUCAGCUUUGUUCGGGCAGGCAUCUCUAGAGGAGCAAUGCUAAGGCUUUUUUUGGCCAUGGAGAGAGGCACUCAUCUGGAGAUGGAUAGUCCUUAUGUUACUCAUAUUCAGACUCGAGCAUUCCGUCUAGAGCCACUGUCACAGAAAGGCACAUUGACUGUUGAUGGAGAACUUGUGCCCUAUGGACCACUCCAGGCUCAGGUGCAUCCUGGAAUGGCAAGGCUAAUUAUGGGAGACCAUGCUGUAAAAGUUACUCGUUUCUGACCUGGACAUAUUUAAUGAAAGACCCAUUGCACUGACCUCUUUAUCAUGUGGACAAGUUGAAAAGGGAAAAAAGGAAACCGUUCUCCUUGGAGGUCUUUUUUUUUUUUUUUUUAAACUUGGCUAACACUGUAAAAUAUUGGUAGCAAAUUAAAUUUAAAAAAGUACUGUUUUCAAAUCUACUAUUUGCACUUGAGGAUGAUGUCAAAAAUGUCGGAGCAGCUGUAUUUUUUCCUCUUGCCCUUUGCACUUCUACAAAACACUUUUAGCAUCAUGCUCCUCCUUGUAUCAUAUCUAAAUGUUUGUGAUCCUAAGUACUUGAUAUUACUGAUGUCCUAUAAUUUUAUGAUGCAAAUAAUAUAUUGCAAUAUACAGAGGGAUGAUUUGACUUUGCUGUGUUUAGUAAAGAACAAUUAUCUUGUACAGAAUGAAUGCUGAAUGAAGAAUUACUUAAGAGAAGAUUUUCAAAUGCUUUUUUUCCCCCUAGUGCACUGGCUGUAGCUCCUUCUAUAUCGGAUUGAGCUUUAUUACAGUUAGUAUUUUUAGCACAAGAAUGUGAUGUGAUUGCUUAAAAUAUGUGAGCUUUGUAUAUGAAAGGCAAAACACCAAGUAGUUUCCAUCGGGAUUGCUUCAAAGCUGCUGAUAUGGGUCCCUUUCAGCAAUUCUGACCUCCUCAAUCAAUAAACUUUAGAUGUCAAUGAUGAAAAAAGAAAACAAAUGGCUUGCUUCUUCAUCAGCUGAAAUAAAACUAUUGGUGGCAAUGCAUACAUUUAAAUGAAUUAUUGAUUCCAUCUCCUACAGCACACUUGUGGCCGUUGACCACUUGGAUGCAAAAUUCCAGGGGAUUAUGUGUGGUGUACACAAAUUCAUUGGCAAAAUGUAGACUUUACAAAGUGCUUAGAGUAGGACAGAGAAAUCUGUCAACAGGUGAUAGCUUUAUAUGUACUACCUAAGUAAGCUUCAGGGGCUGUGCAUAGUAUGGAUAAAGUACAGCACUUCCACAACUGUGUGUGCAUGUGUAACUACACUUGGGUAUCUGCUGUACCUCGUUUGCAUGUGUUAUGCAUCUCUGACAGACUACAGUAAGAAACAGUUUUUUUUUUUAUUAUCAAGAGUAUAAGGAGAAGUUAUGUGCAAGAGUUCAAAAAUUGGUGUGAGUCACUGUAAGAUGUGUUGAGAGGAGUUGGAAGGAUAUGCUGAGGUUUUGGGUACAAAUUACUAUUUUGUAAAUUGACCAUGGAAAGCAUUUUAAAUCAAAAUGGGAGAUUAAGGCCUGGAAACUGCAUUAUGAGCUGACAUAUCGUUACUCUUGGUACUCCUCUCUAGAGCUGUAGUAGGCCUUUGAAAGUCAAGUGGCCAAAACCGACAACAAGCUAGCCCAUAUGGUGAACAGCAAGCCCCUGUUAAGUUUUUCAACUACUAUGCAAGAUAAUUGAAAAGAACUUGAAAAAGUAUCCUCCUAAGGCACUUGCCUCGCCUUUCCCAUUGAGGCUGAUCAACACAGUUCUUUCUCUUUAAGCUAAACUGAUAAACUUGUGGAAGCAAUUUACUCUUUCAUGCAAAAUAUUUAUUUAUAAGCAUUUAUUUCUCAGACUUCGUUUGUUAGAACAGUUCUAAGCUAUAUAAAAGUAUGGUAAUGUCAGGUCUACCUUAAUACUUGUGAAUAACGCUUAAGGCAAAGUCUUCAAAAUUCAUUAAAAAAAAAAGUGACUGUUUUAUUAUUAUAAGCAAUGUUCGUGCUACAUACAAAAGAAGGUUAAAGAAUGCCAGUGCUGUCUGGGUAUGUAUAUACAUUGGCGUACUGUACAUAAAUAUGUGUGUGUGUAGAUGUACAGUGUCCUCCGUUAUGUCUGGGACAAAGACACAUUUUUCUGUUUCACAGUUUAAAAAUUACAAGACAAUUCAGACAUUAUUAAAGUGCAAACUGCAGAUGUUUAAGGGUAUUUGUGUACAUUUUGGUCACAUCAUGUGGAAAUGACAACACUUUUUACACAUGAUUCCCAUUUCAGGGCACCAUGAUGUUUGGAACAAUUGGCAUCACAGGUGUUUAUGGUUUCUCUGGUGGGUUUUAUUACUUCAGUAGUGCAGGCAUAAGGUUGCCUCAGCUUGCUUCUACCCUUUGCCUUUGGAGUCUCUAGAUGCCGUUGUUCAACAUUAGGGCAAGAGCUGUGUGACAAUGAAAGACCAUUAUGAAGCUGAGAAUAAAAUCAUUUGAGACAUUGGGUAAGACGUUAGGGUUACCUAAAUCAACUGUCUGAAAUAUCACUGUGAAGAAAGCAAGCACUGGUGAACUCGGUAAUUGCAAAGGAACUGGUAGGUCAAGGAAGACUUCUACUGGUGGUGACAGAAGAAUCCUCACUAUGGUCAAGAUAAAGCUCCAGUCACCUGUCCGGCAGAUCAGAAACAGUCGUCAGAAGGCAGAUGUUUAUGUGUCUUGCAGAUCGAGACAAAGAUUAACAUGAAACUAGUGGCAAGAGCAAAGUGUGGAGACGGAAAGGAACUGCAAAGCAUACCACCUUAUCUGCUAAACGUGGUGGGAGUGUUAUGGGUACUGGCACACUUAUCUUCAGUGAUGAUGCAACUUCUAAUUUCUGAGGAGUAUAGAGAAACCUUAUCUGCUCAGUUUCCAGUAAAUGUGUCCAAACUCAUUGGACAGAGCUUCAUCCUGUAACAAGAUAAUGAUCCCAAACAUACUGCUAAGGUAACAGAGAGGUUUUUGAAACCUAAUAAAUUGAAAAUUCUUGAAUGGCUAAACCAGUCGCCUGAUUUAAAUCCAAUUGAGCAGACCUUCCUUGUGCUGAAUAGAAAACUUAAAGGGACAAGUCCCUGAAACAAGCAGGAGCUGAAGAUGGCUGCACUAGUGGCCUAGCAGAGCAUCACCAGAGAAAAUCCUCAGCGUCUGGUGAUGUCCAUGAAUCUCAGACUUCAAGCAGUCAUUGCAUGUGAGGGACAUGCAAGUACUGAAUAUGACUGUGCCCAAGCAAUGGCGGGAAUAUUAAAACAAACACUUUGGUGCCCUGAAAUGGGGGAGCCAUAUAUAAAAAGUGUCAUUUCCACAUGCUGUGACCGACAUUUAUGCAAAUCCCCUUAAAUGAAAGCCUGCAUUGUGCACUUUUAUCACGUCUGAAUUGUUUGAUUUGAAAUUUUAAAAUGCAGAGCUGUGGGGUACAUCGAGGAAAAAUGUGUCUUUGUCCCAGACAUUAUGGAGGGCACUGUGUGUGUGUGUGUGUGUGUGUGUGUGUGUAUGCGUAUACACACACACUCUGAUGCAUAAAUGCAGUCAUUCUCAAACUGGUUUAGCCCAGUUUGGGGUCACUAAUAAUGGAGUCUCUCCCAGGUAGCACAAGGCACGUGGUGCGAGUUCGUCACACGGCCCAUGCAUACGCGUACACUCACAGUGGCGCCAAACUAAAAAGUCCAAGUUACCUCAAAGGUCCAUUUUGGAAUAUGGGAGGGAAACUGUGUGCUUCCUGCCCCUCUUUCUCUCUUAUAAUACUUUUCAUAUCUGUUUAUCAUAAAUGAGAGAGAGAUACCAUUCCCUUUCUGCAUGGCAUUGUUUUAGUCUCUAAACCAUUAAUUGGUUUCCAAAUGUGCUGGUGUUUCAUUGUUAACUUUUAAUAUCCACUGCAUGGAGUGCUAAUACUGUAUGUGUAUUAUAAAAGGCAUUAUACCAAAUAUCGCAUUCAUGCCCAAAUAUGGCAGGCAGUGUGGUGCAGUGGGUAACACUUUGGAUGCAGGUCUUCAGACUCUCAGGUUGUGGGUUCAAAUCCCAUUGCUGUCAUUAUGUACCCAUGAACAAGUCACUUCACCUACCUGCUCUCCAAUUGGAAAAACCAGAAUGAAAUGUUUAACCAAUGUUGUAACUUCCAUUUACUGAACACUUGGAAAGGCAGAUAACCAGCUGCAGGGGGUAAAGACAGUACAACGACUGUGAACACACUUCUAGCAUAUUGAUAAAAUCCAACGGGCAUUCUUACAGCACACUGUAAUUCCGUCAAACUGAAUACGCUGCUUCAUUGUACUGCCAGGCGUUUCUUGCUUGCAGCCAGCGUUACCGUUUUUCCCUCCCGUACCGCCAAUUAAAUUUCAUCCGCACUAAACGUCCAAAUGUACAAAGAUUUUUAGACUUUUUCAUCGUUCAGCAGGUCACCCUGAGGUGCAGCCUCCUUAAUGGUAGCUUUGACACUGCAAACUGAACUGUAAAAAGAACAAAACCCACCAGAUUAAAAUGUCAAGGCAUAGAGCAGCAUCCCGGCACGUUCUCCAGACUCGCCUUGCAGCACAAACUACUGACGGCUUUUGUGUAUUUGUGUGUAAAAAAGCAAAAAACUCUUUUACAGGUAGUGUCUGUCUAGGAGUGUUGUGUCUGUCAGAUUAAUAUAUAUUUUUAAUUUAAGUACCGGUAAUACGUUUUCUGUAAUGACAAUGCCACACUUUGAGUUAAUUAUUGAGAAUCGAUCUACCUUUAAUGCUUUAACUGAAUAAAAAACUUCCAUUGCUGUGUU